AUGCCGCCUCCAAACUCCGACGACGUCCUCCUCGCCCGUCUCAACGCCCUCAAGAAAUCCUCCGUCACCCUAUCUACGCAGCCUCCGUCCGCCGCCGAAGAAAUCACGCCCGACGCAUUGCGCGACCUGGGAUUGGACGAUAAGCAACCGGCAGGGGAAGAUGACGGUGAUCCGAUAUUAGAUCUUGCGGCGCGAUUCAAGCGGCUAAACGGCGGAAAGAUGAGUCCCGCGACCGUCGGAAUAACAGCGGAGAGCAGUUCCACCGAGGUUGGAGAGGAGGGGAAGUCGUUGGACGAGCUGCUGAAGGAACUCGGUAGCGAGAGAGAGGAUUGGGAGGUUUCACGGAAGGAGGAGACAGAUGUGGGUAAAUUGGUGAGGGAAGUGCGGAGUGUAUUGCCAGAUGUGGCGGAGCCGAGGCAGGACGAUGGGAAAGAGGAGCGGGGGCACGUUGAGGGUGGUGAUGGGAAGAAUGUGGAUCAGGAUGCGCUGGAUGAACAGGAGGCAGACGAGUACAUUGCACAGGUGCUCGCGGAGCUGGACUUGGAGACAAUGCACAGCGAUGGUGGUGAGGAGGGCGAAGGUGUAGGCAGAGCCGGUGAGCAAGCAGUGGAUGAGAGCUCUCCAGCUAAGGCCGCCACCAUUUCCUCGGAAAAGGCAGAAAAGCAACAGAAUGGCGGUACCGAACCAUCCCUCGCCCUUCCAGCCGCCCCAACCUCCCUUCCAACACCUCCUCCAGCCUCCAAAGACGACUUCGACAAGGCCACGGCUGUUGAUGAUGCCCUGACUGCCCGCUUCGAAGCGCUGUCCCGCGGUAGCCCUUCUCCUGGACUUGACGGCGCAACUGGCUUACCUUCUGCGCCAUCUUUCGCACCGUUCAAAAAGCCGCCGGUCAAGGCGUCGAAUUUCACGGAUGAAGAGAUCGAUAGCUGGUGUAUCAUCUGCUAUGCUGAUGCAACACAGAUCAAGUUCUCGGAAGAUGAUCCAGAGAGCCCCCGAUCAUGGACGAGAAAGACGAAGAUGACCAAUGUCGCAGUCAUUGCCUCGAUGGCUAUCUUGAGCCCGCUCGCAAGUUCUAUGUUUACUCCUGGAAUGAACCAGAUUGCUGAGGGGCUCCACACCUGCACCGACACUGUUAUCGGUGCAACGACCGGCUUCGUCGUCAUGCUAGGUCUCGGCCCACUAAUUCUGGCACCUCUCUCGGAAGCCUUUGGGCGCAGGAAGUUGUACCUAUCCUGUUUUACCAUGUUCACCCUCCUACAAAUACCCACGGCUUUCAGUCCCAAUAUCGCGGUGAUGAUUACUCUCCGCACGUUUGCUGGUUUCUUUGGUAGCGUUGGCAUCGCCAAUGGUGGAGGAACCAUCAGUGAUAUGUUCUACCCCGAGGAACGAGCUGCCGUUUUCGGAUGGUAUUUACUGGGUCCUUUGCUCGGGCCGACUCUUGGCCCGCUCAUCGGGGGUGUUAUCGUCCAGAGGCUGGGCUGGAGGUGGCUUUUUCUCAUCCUAGCCGUCCUUUGCGGAGUCAACACCACCUCGGGAUUUCUUUUUCUCAAAGAGACGUACGCACCAGUCAUCCUGAAGAAGAGGAAGGAGGCUAUGGAGAAGGAGGCAAGAUCAGAAGACACAGAGUAUUGGUUCGAGGGUGAAGACCUUAGGCCAAUGUCUACCAAACUGGGUCACUCCUUUUUGCGCCCUCUUCGUAUUCUGACACACCCCAUCGUCUUAACAAUGUCCUCAUACCAAGCUUUGUUAUUCAGCACGACCUACAGUUUGUAUACCAACUUCCAGGAUAUUUAUGGUGGACAGUACGGCUUCAAUACUGAGCAAGUCGGACUCACGUACCUUGGCCCUGGAAUCGGGUUUAUAUUCGCGGUCCGGCUCCUGGUUCCCCGAAUUGACGAUGUAUACAAGAGAUUGAAGAGUCGCAACGGCAAUAUGGGGGAGCCCGAAUACCGACUCCCGCUUGCAAACAUCGGGUCUGUAUUUAUACCUGUGUCGCUUUUGUGGUUUGCCUGGACCAUUCACUUCAAUACUCACUGGGCCGCGUCUCUUGCUAGCACUUUUUUCUAUGGUAUAGGGCAAGUCAUGAUUAUCAACUGCACGCAGAACUAUUACAUAGACGCCUUCGAGAAGUACGCCGCCUCGGCCAUAGCAGCGGGUGCUGUGUUUCGUUCAGUUGUUGGCGGGGUGGUGCCCUUAUUUGCGCCGUCACUGUUCAAAAGCAUUGGCUACGGUUGGGGGAUCUCAGUCUUCGGACUGCUCAGUCUUUUGCUCGGCCCCGCCCCGCUGGUUUUCUACCGGUUCGGCGAGCGCAUCCGGGAGUCGUUCGCAGUCGAGCUGUGA